ACCCUUUCUUCUUCUCAAGUCCAAACUCCCCACCUCGAUAUCCAUUCUAUCCAGAGUUCAGACAAGAGAGGAGAAAAGGAAAAUGAUUGCUUACACCGCGCUUCAAGCUCCAUCUCCUCUGCAACAUCUCCCUCUUUCAUCUACUUCCCAUUAUUCGCCUGUUAUUCUAGGGGUUCGUCGCUCAAUUGUUAUUAGAACGGACCCAAAUCCGAAGAACUCCAUUUCCUGUUCAAUUUCUCAGGUUCAUAACUACGGAACUGUAGAUUACGAGCGAAAGCCUGUGCUGAAAUGGAACUCGCUUUAUCGGAGAAUCUCGUUGAUGGAGAACCCCGAGUUGGGUUCUUCGACUGUUUUGGACCAGUGGGAGAAGGAGGGAAGAAAGCUUUCGAAAUGGGUGCUUUCCCGGGUUGUCAAGGAACUCAGGAAAUUUCGUCGAUAUAAGUUCGCUCUCGAGGUGUACGAGUGGAUGACCAACCAAGGAGAUAGGUUUAGAGUAGCCUCCAGUGAUGCUGCAAUUCAAUUAGAUCUUAUCUCUAAAGUGCAUGGAAUUUCAACUGCUGAAGAUUACUUCUCAAGACUACCAGAGACAUUAAAGGAUAGGCGCACAUAUGGGUCUCUUCUUAAUGCAUACGCCCAGUCGAAAAUGAGAGAAAAGGCAGAGAAUGUGAUAGAGGAGAUGAGAAAGAAAGGGUAUGCCAAUCAUCCACUUCCUUAUAAUGUAAUGAUGACUCUGUACAUGAACCUCAAUGAAUAUGAGAAAGCCAAUUCACUGAUUUCUGAAAUGAUGGAGAAGAAAAUACCUUUGGAUAUAUAUUCCUAUAAUAUAUGGUUAUCAUCUUGUGGAGCCAUGGGGUCCAUGGAGAAGAUGGAACAAGUGUUUGAACAGAUGAGUUUGGACGGCACCAUCAACCCUAACUGGACUACGUACAGCACAAUGGCUACUAUGUACAUUAAGAUGGGCUACUUUGAGAAGGCCAAAGAUUGCUUGAAGAAGGUUGAGAUCAGAAUUACAGGUCGGGAUCGGAUGCCGUAUCAUUAUCUCCUUAGCUUAUAUGGUGGCAUCGGCAGUAAGGAGGAGGUUUAUCGGAUAUGGAACAAGUACAAAUCAAACUUCCCCAGCAUUCCAAAUUUGGGCUACCAUGCAAUGAUUGCAUCUUUGGUCAGGUUAGGUGACAUAAGUGGGGCAGAAAUUAUUUAUGAGGAAUGGCUUUCGGUUAGGUCAAACUAUGAUCCUAGAAUUUGUAAUCUUCUCAUUGGGUGGUAUGUUAGAGAAGGUUCAUUGGAAAAGGCUGAGACUUUUCUCAGUCAUGUGACUGAAGUGGGAGGGAAGCUAAACUCAAACACAUGGGAAAUCAUUGCUGAAGGGCAUAUCAAGAAAAAACAAAUUGUUGAGGCCUUGUCUUGUAUGAAGAAAGCCUCAGUAGCUGAGGGAGCAAAGAACUGGCGACCAAAGCUCACAAAUGUGUCUGCCUUCCUUUCUCUUUGUGAGGAAGAAUCUGAUAUAGCAAGCAAGGAUGCAUUGAUUGAAGUUUUGAGGCAAGUUGGAUGCCUUGAAAAUGCAACUUACAAGUCCCUCGUUAGCAGAAAUGGUAGAAGAGGUGUUGAUCUUAAACUAUCAUUGGAGAAUUAAUAGACUUGAUGAUGCUGAUGCUGAUGGCUGAAACGCUUCUCAAUCAACUUGAGUAAAUCCUUUUUUACACUUCCCUAAAUGCUGAUGCAUGGAGCCAAAUCUAAUGGGUUUCCUUUCCUGGGCUAGUACCUUAGUAGUUUUUUUUUUUUUCCUCCUAUUUUGUCCUUACCUCCUUUAAUUGGAAACACAUAUGGGUCAGUGAAAUUCUUACCCUGAAGUGUUACAGUUAGUUCUUCACCUUGGCAAGACAAUUCAAGUUCCAAAGUAAACAGGGAUCCACCAUCUAAAGUUCAGGUAUGUAAUACUUAGGAGUUUAUCCAUUGUGAGCCACAUUGCAUGUAUAUGUUGAUGAGUUGAGCUGUAUUUUGGGACAGUGGAUGUCUCAUUUUGGUAAACACGAGUCGCACCCUAUCUGGUCCUAAAUCCUAAUCCUUGAGCUGUUCUAUGA